UCUCCAGCCAAGCUUGGCGCUAACCAAGUCGGCAAUUUCACUUCAUCAUUACUUCACAAAAGACUUCCAAAAUCACUGCGGCAGACAGGCAAAAUAAAAAUGUUAAAUACAUCCUCGCUGGGAGGGGACUGAAGCCUCCAGGCUCAAUCAAAGGUUUACAAUAAUAGGAUUCAUAAAAAAAAAAAAAAAAAAAAAAAGACAGAUGGGAUUUGAAAAUGUUGCAGUGAAGACUCUGGAAUGAGAUGAGAUCACAGCACCAGCCUGUCUUUUGUGGACCUGCACAAUGAUCCCCGAGCCAGACUGGAUUAGGAAACCUCGCGACUAGGGGUUCAGAGAGAGGCUUCCGGUUCCCGGCACUUUGGGGAAGAGAAGGCUGAAACGAUGCAUCAGAUAUACAGCUGCAGUGAUGAAAAUAUAGAAGUUUUCACCACCGUGAUCCCUUCCAAGGUGUCCAGUCCAGCCAGAAGAAGAGUCAAAAGUUCUCAACACCUCUUAACCAAGAAUGUGGUGAUCGAGUCAGACCUCUACACACCGCGGCCCCUGGAGCUGCUGCCACACCGCAGCGACCGCCGGGACGGCGAGGGCCGCAGGUCGGGCCGGCUCCACGGCGGCGGCCGGCAGCAGGGACCCCACCUUGCCAAGGCCCCAGCCAGACCCGUGGGGAUUUCGGAACCCAAAUCAUCAAAUCUGUGUGGGAAUCGAGCAUAUGGAAAAUCUUUGAUUCCUCCGGUGGCCCGCAUCUCCGUGAAAGCCCCGGCAGUGCUAGAGGGGACAGCCACGGGCUCCGAGAACGGAGCUGUUCUGACAAGAGGAUCCAGACAUCUCAAGAAGAUGACUGAAGAGUAUCCUACCCUUCCCCAGGGAGCAGAAGCCUCCUUACCGCUGACAGGAAGUGCUUCCUGCGGUGUCCCUAGCAUCCUCCGGAAAAUGUGGACAAGGCACAAGAAGAAGUCUGAAUAUGUGGGAGCUACCAACAGUGCCUUUGAGGCUGACUAGAGGUGACCCUCCCCAGGUGCCCUGCGUUGGCCAAAGUUCACCGUACGAGGGGAGAAAACUUCCAGAUGGGAACUGAGCCACAGUCACCUCUGCUGGUAGCUGGUCCAAACACAUCACCAUCCCUUACUAACCAAUAGCCCUGGCUUAGGAUACAGGCAAGGAACUUCCCUGGAAGGCAAAAGAAAAGUGUGCCUUCUUAGAAUCGAUAAAGCCAUUGGUUUGAAAGUGGCUUUGGGAGGCCAUAGAGAUUAUAUCUAUAUCUUUAAGCAAGACCACACCACAAUCAAACUUUCUCAACCCAUUUUAAAGACCUCCAAGGAAGGAAGCAGGCAAUUCCUCCGUCUUCCUUGGGAGUUGUUCUAAUGUGUGUGAUUUCUGCUAUAAAUAUAAGAGCUUGAUGCUUGAGGCACUUAUGAACACCGUGGUUCUUACUAUUCCUCUUAUCACAUUUAUUUCAUCUUGACAAAGUACAAUUUUUAAUGACAAAGCACUAAAUAUUUACUUCUAAUAUCCAUUUGACAGUAUUGUCAAGAUUGGUAUUGAUCAUUUGGCAUGAGUGCAUGAAUUCUCUAUUCUUUUACGUGCAGUUUUUCUAUAGAAAAACAGGACUAAAAGUUAAAUGUUGAAUGCUAAUGUUUUCUGAAGUGGCCCAGCCUAGUGAAAUUAAUAAUACCUGGCACUGGUAUCAGGAUCUUAACUUUUGAAAGUGCUUUCCCACCCAUUAUCCUUUAUCUUCACAAAGUCCCUGUUAAAGAAAGCGCAAUAGUUGCCAACCUCCAGAUGGGGAAGCCAAGGCCUUACGAGGCCACCUGACUGCAUACAGUUAGUGGUAUGAGCUACGAGGUCUUCGAGUCCACCAGACUCCUUGCUUUGCUUACUCUAGCUACUUAUUUGAGGAAGGUUUUGAGAGAAAGCAGUAUGUCUCUUGGGGGCAAUGUUUGAAAGGAAAAAUUUGAUAAACUUGGAAAAAGUGACUUAAAUGAAAUACAUCAUUAUGUAUUAGGUUGAACUACAAGAAAUUACCAUUUCUAUGGGUCAAAAACAACUGAUUAUUUCAUAGGAUUCAACAUAGUAUAUAAUACUGUGCUUUCCCUCUCUUAAUGGAAAUGUCUACAAUCCUAUCUUUAAUAGCAAGACUACCAUGAUGCGACGACAACUCUCAUGUAUUAAAUGUCCACCACACUGAACACUCGACAUACAUCCUCCCUAUCCUUCUAACAACUCUGAGUUAGACGGCCUUAUCCAUCUAGCGGAUGACAGUUUAAAGCAGGUACAUGAUUAGUGUGAAGCUGCCUGACCCAUAUGGGUGUCAGGCUUCAGUGCCCAUGCUUGCACACCUUCACACAGAAUAGUUCAGAACACAGAGAAGGAUCACAGUUAGCAAACCAUUUUCAUCUCAAAUGCUAAACACGUGAUGGGCAGAGGCUCUCUAGAGUGCUGUGUGGGGACGAGUCUGAGACGAAGGAGUGCAGUGGUCAGUUAGAAAUCCCUGCCCGCGGAGGGCGUCGGUGGCACAUAUCCUGCAAAUUUGUCAUCUGUUGCAUCACCUCUGCCUCCCAGAAGGCUUCUUUUCUAAUUGAGAAGCCUCAAUUAAUCCAACCCAUUUAGCAAAAUCAGACACUCCAUAAUGAAACUUAAGUCUAAGACUGGGCUGGAAAUAGUCAGGUCUUGGUACAAUGAAGAAUUUGGCUGCGUUACCAGUCUCAGACUCAAUGGUUAUUCAUAGGCUACUGCUCUGUGGCCACAUGUGGCCUUCUGCUGAAUUACCCGUUUCCUGGUCUCCGGUGAACUGUAAGGAGGCAUGGAGGGAUAAGAGGCCUGGUCUGGGCUUUCACCUUGCCGACCCCUGCCCUUCAGCCAUUAUUUUAGACUCUCGGCAUCUAUUCCUCACACUGGAACAUUGGAGAUUUGGGCAUCGAGGGCUCUUUCAAUGAGGGCCUAGUCUCAAUGGACUAAUACUCUUGCACAGUAUAGAUAAUGGGGCCUAGAACACAGUUAGGGAGCAAGCAGGUGAUUUGUGCUGGACCUAUCAGAGUAUCCCAAAACUAUUUAACUUAUUUAUGGCUGAUGUUUUCUAUUUGUAUGUGGCACCUGGAGAUAUCUGUAGGAUAGAGCUAACUUAUCUUUAAUUUAACUAUUUCAUGAUGAAGUGUUUGCCUUGCAUAAAACAUUCUAACUGACCAGUUCAAAUAAAAAUAAAGUAUGCUUUGUUUGUGACCUCAAUAAACCACCA